AUGGCCGGAGAUAAUUUAACCGCACUUCUCAAGAAGCCCAAGGAUUUGCAGCUGGUACAAACACCGAUACCAGAAAUAGCUGACGAUGAGGUACUACUUCGUAUGGACUGUGUGGGUAUCUGCGGGUCUGACGUGCACUACUGGCAGAGUGGUGCCUGUGGACACUUCGUGCUCAAAGAACCCAUGAUUAUGGGACAUGAAGCUUCUGGAGUCGUCGCCAAGCUGGGUGCUAAAGUGAAGAACCUGAAGGUGGGUGACCGUGUGGCCAUCGAGCCUGGUGUACCCUGUCGCUACUGUGAGUUCUGCAAGACCGGCCGCUACCACCUCUGUCCAGAUAUGGUAUUCUGUGCCACCCCUCCCGUCCACGGCAACCUCGCUAGAUACUACAAGCAUGCUGCUGACUUUUGCUACAAACUGCCAGACCACGUGACAAUGGAAGAGGGAGCGCUUCUAGAACCAUUGUCAGUUGGCAUCCACGCGUGUAGACGUGCAGGCCUGACCGGAGGUCACAAUGUACUGGUGCUGGGUGCCGGACCUAUUGGGCUCGUCACCAUGCUCUCUGCUAAGGCCAUGGGAGCCAGCAAAGUUCUCAUUACAGAUGUACUGCAGUCUCGACUGGACUUCGCUAAGAAGCUAGGAGCUGACGCCACGAUCCUGUCGACCAAGGACACCAGUGAAGCUGACAUGGUGAAGAAGAUCCACGAACUGCUGGGAGACCAGCCUGACGUCUCCUUCGAUGCCAGUGGAGCACAGGCUACUGUCAGAAUGGCUAUGUUGGCGACGAAGUCAGGUGGCGUGGCAGUGCUGGUAGGUAUGGGUGCGCCGGAGCAGACCGUGCCGCUGGCCGGCGCGCUCGCUCGGGAGGUCGACAUACGAGGCAUCUUCCGAUAUGUUAACGAGUACCCAAUAGCCCUGAACAUGGUAGCCAGCGGAAAGAUCAACGUGAAGCCGCUAGUAACUCACCACUUCAGCUUGGAAGAAACUCUUCAGGCAUACGAGGUGGCGCGCCAGGGUGCCGGGAUUAAAGUCAUGAUACACGUCCAACCCAGGGACACCAACAACCCACUGCAUUUCCAACAUUAA